UCAGACGCAUCUCGUGACAGUUUUUACCUCCGGCCAAACCGGUGGAGUGACGGCGAGAAGAGACUGUUGUGGAUGUUUAUGACGACCCGCCUCCACCCGCUCCACCCACACACACACAAACGCACACACCGAGGAAUCUAAAGAUGUCUCUUCAGGGGUUACUCUUUCUGCUGUAGAAGAAGAGCCAUGUGGAGAGUUCAAGGUUUUGUUGGAAGAGUUCUGCAUCGAUGCCACGGCAGCACCCCCCUGCGGCUGCCGCAGAACCACCAUGUGGAGGACGAGGUCAUCAGCGGCUCUGCUGUCCUCUCCGCCUCUCGACACACCUCUGACAGCAGCUCUCAGAAAGAAGAGGAUGGAGAGAGGAGGAAGAAACAGAGAACCUUUCAGUUUGGCUACACUGAGCUGCCACGUUACACAGCUUUAGAUGCUGUGGGUUGGGGUGCUGCAGCAGUUCUGUUCAUGCAGAUCUGCAGGAGGAUCCACUCACAGUUUUCUUCAGGAGCUGAACCCAGUCCCACCCCAGGAGCUCUGAAAGCACCGUCCAACCUGCACAAGUGUGGCUAUCGCAUUCUGUUGGAGAUCUUGUCUAGACGUGAUGUCCUGCCCAGAGGAAGGAGUGUGUUCUGUGUGCAGGGGGUGCCAGAGAGUCAGAACCGAGACCAGUCUGCAGAUCAGAGCAGCAGCAGCAGCAGCAGCAGCAGUACCAGUACGGAUGAUGCCAGUCUUCACAGCAUCAGUGAGCAGGAUCCUUUGACUACUGUCUGCCCUGCUUCUGACCAGCAGAGGGCACUGCUGAACCAGGAUUCUCCUAUACCUGAGGAAUCACGUCUGUCAGCAUCCUGUCCUCUGCAGAAUGAUGCCAACCGGGACCACACCAAAACAAAAGAUGCUACUGACAAGGACAUGUUGUCUGAUGAGGAGAGGCUGGCAGGAGCUGCACUGAACUUCAAACACGUGGGAGACUCCAGUAUCCCUGUUAUCCUCAACAUAAUCGGUCUAGAAAGUGCCAAGAAUCAGAACUACGAGGAGGCUUUUAUGUGUUUUGUCGCUGCAGCUCAGCAGGGCUACAGCAAAGCCCAGUUUAACACGGGUGUGUGCUACGAGAAAGGCAGAGGAGUCGGCAAGGACAAAGAGAAAGCUCUGCAUUACUACUGGCAGGCAGCAGUUGGAGGUCACAGAGAGGCUCAGUAUCGCCAUGCAAAGCUGCUCCUAACCAGCAGAGAGCACCAGAGCUUAGAGGAGCUGAACACUGCCAUCAGAUUGCUGGAACAGUCUGCUGCGGCUGGACUCACCAAAGCUCAGGUGUGCCUGGCCUCAGUCUACUCUCAGGAGCCUCUGAGAGAUGGGUGCAAGUCUGUCCAGUACCUCAAGAUGGCAGCAGAGAGCGGAGAUGAUACCGCCCUGCUGUUCCUGGGUCAGUGUUUUGAGAAUGGCUUUGGGGUGAAGCAGAAUCUGAGGACAGCAAUCGAAUACUACAAACGAGCUGCUCAAGCAGGCAACAAGCAGGCCAGGAGCUUACUGAUGCCACCUAAUGGCACAGAAAGCAAGGCAGAAGACUCGGCAUUGCGCUCCAUCCGUUCAGCUCCAUGCUUCUUUGUAGCCGACCGUCGGCUCCAGCAGCCGCUCUCCUCUCUGGCCAGCCGUGUCCCUCCCUCCGCUGACCAUCCCGUCACCCUCCCCCUCCUGCCUCACUCCUGGAGCACCGGGAGCCUGUGCGUUUCCCCGCCGUUGGCCUCCGUGCCUCUUCACUUCCAUCACCAAAGCGCUGAGGGAGGAACCUGCCAGUGGACUGUAGGGAUAGGAUAGUUAUCUUGAAUUACAAGGGUUAAGCUUCGAAAACAGAUAAAGCCAUCCUUAAAAUCAGUAAUCAACACCAGUUUAAUUGAUAUUGGCCGUGCAAUGAGUAAAACAUUAUGCCAGAAAAGUUAAAGCAGUCAGAAAUCUCGCUGAAUUAAAAAAGUUUAGUUGGUGGAGGAAGAUAAAACAUAACUGCUUUUGGAAAUGAACCCUUCAGACGGUGUGAAUGUAUUUUCACCAAAGGCAAAAGGUCAAGGUGUGUUUGAUGUGUACAUAUUGUGAUGUCUGGAUUAGAGUGAAUAGGUUUUAUACUUGGCUAAACCUGCGGACAUGUUAGUAUGUUGGAAGAUUUUUAUAAGGUUGAAAGAGUUCUGGGAUGCAACGUCUUAAAUGUAGAAUGGGAGCUUUUCUAUUAAUAUUCUUAAAAAAAAAAAAAUCUGUUAUACCCACCCUCCUGUGGGUAAAAAUGUGAUCUAGCUGCCUUUGGUUGGGUGGAAAAAAAAAAAAACAACAAAAAACUGUAAUUCUGACUUUCCAGUUGAGACAGACUGAAGUACUUGUGUCAUAUUUUUACCUUCAGUAAUACAGGUUCUAAAUAAGUCAAAUUCAUUGUGCUCUGUCACUGUACAAGAACAACUUCAGAAGAGAAAAAGGGACGUUAUUUCAUGUUUUGUGAUAGUGAUAUACACGUGCCAAAGUGAACUGUGUUAACACUGCAAAGAAGCUCUACUGUUUUACGCACAAAUAAGCUAAAAAUAAAAAAAAAGUCCUAAAAUAAG